AUGAAGGCGGGGGACGUGGGUGAAGAAGACAGGGAAAGUGGGCAGAGCUCUUCCGAAGGAGAUAAAAUGCAGGUUAGCCUCUGUGAUGUGUCUUCUGAGGAGUUUAAAAAAACCUGGCUAACACUAAAAGAGCUCCAUGACAGAGAGCUGCGCCGACUUCAGGGGAAAAUAACCAGUUUGAGGAAAGAGCGAUUGUCAGACGGGAGGUGGACAGGCUCCACAUGCAGAAUUAAAGAGUUGACGGAGCAACGGAGAGCCCUGAAGGACACUAUCCACGACCUGCGAGGUCAAUUAAACACCAAAGUAUGUGAUCGCUGUACAGUAAACGAAACGUACAGGAAUACGCUACAGCAAGAGUUUUAUGAUAUCCAACAACAAAAUCUUAAGUUUAUUGGUGAGCUCACAGCAGAAAGGAAUAAAUUAAGAGAAGAAAACAAGCAGCUUUUGGCUAGGCUCAAGAUGAAACAGCAAGAGUUUCGCCGUUCUUCUUCUGAUAGUGAUGACGACUUCGUCCCUGGGUCUCAAACGAGCGAGUCAGUUAUUUCGACCAGGGACUCUCCGCCUGGACCUGAGAGUCAUGUGGCUGUCAAGCUGAUAACACAAACAAAUACCAAACAGAUGAAAUCUAGAGGGAAAAAGAAACAGCCACACAGUUCCAAGUUUCAGGUUCCAUUUUACAGUCAGGACGUCUUUGAGGUGCCAGAGAGCCCUCAGGAGAUUUCCUCUAACAGAAGUAAUCCUAUUACAGUAAGGAGUGGCAGUCAGAAGUCAGCUAGCACUGUUGCUUCAGCAUCUACAGCCGGCCCUCAAACAGUGUAUGGAUUUCCAGAUGACUCCAGCCUUCCUGAUGCCACGUUUGGCCAUUCACAAAGCAAAUCAGAUUUCCCACAGAGGACCUCCUCACAGAGGAUCUCCACACCAAAGCGUGGACCUGAGACUGAUUUCCCUCGGAGCCUUUCCAGUAUUUCUCCAGAAGAAGAUGUACCUACUGAAAUAUUAUCUGAAACUUCAGAGGAAAGUGUGAUUGAUUAUAGCAAAAGCAUUUUUGCUCCUUUUACACGGAGAGGCGAAGACACCACCACUUUACAUCUAUUUCCUUUAGACUAUACUUCAAGAUCCGAAGUGACAAGACCAUCAUUUGGUGUUUUUCAGGUUUCAGUGAGAGAGAGCAGUAGUGAGACACCUUGCAGUGAACAGUCCACAGCAAGGAAGAGUACUAAUGGAGCUACAGGUGUAGCCCAUGAUGCUGGUAAGCCACAAGAUGAGACUCAGCCUUGCACUUCAGGGUCUUCAAUAGAGAAAAGUCAAGAUACAGCUAGAAAAAGGGGGGAAGUAG